AAACCCGUCAAACUGAAUGCGCGACGAUUACGAGAACAAUACCUUCCCUCCUCCACCGACCAGAGCGAAAGUUUUUACGUACGAGUGACUGUUGAUGGGAAGAUCGCCGGACAUGUAUUUGCUUGUCGAUGGAUGUGGGGCAAUCUGAUAAUCUGCUGGAUCACUCAACUUGUCGUCGAUAAGGAUCACCGCCAAGAGGGACUUGCAACCAGUCUUUUGCGAGCGCUGGGGAAGAAUUCCGAUGACAUAUACGGAAUAAUGAGUUCGCACCCCGCUGCGUGUCUGGCUGCCGCAAAAGCUUAUGGCAGAACCAUCGAAAAGGUUGACCUUGGCUUCAUUAACGAGACUGCCAGUAAGGUCUUAUCUACCUCACCGAUCCCUUACAUUCGUGAUUCCAAACUCUGUGGAACUAUAUUUGACGCCCUGGAUGCGAGCGGCAUGGUUUCCGGCGUCAACACCCACUUCUUUGUGGACCACAAGGAGCCAUUAGAGGCUCUGGAGGUAGUAAAGGAUCAGUGGGAGUGGCCUCUGGGUAGCUUGCCAGAGGGCCAUGAAUAUCUUCUCAUACUCGCAGGAAAAGAAUGGGUUUAG